AUGAACCUUGUGGGAAAAUUCUCAUAUGGUCGUCCCAAAAUGGAGUUUUUGCGAGAUGAGUUUAAGAAGAUUGGAUUCAAAGGAGGUUAUGAACUUGGGCUCAUGAAUCCAAGGCACGUGUUGAUUAGAUUUGAAUUGGAGGAGGAUUAUCAACGGUGUUGGAUAACAUCUCUCUGGCAUAUUGGUAUCUUUCCAAUGAGAAUCUUAAAGUGGCAGCCGGGAUUCAAAUUUGAGGAAGACCCCCCAAUUGUACCAAUAUGGGUUUCACUGCAUGAACUCCCAUUGGAAUGGACACAUCCAUCAGUGCUUUAUUCAAUUGCCUCCGCGGUUGGCAAGCCCUUGCAAGUGGACGCUCCGACUCUCAAUCUGACAAGGCCAUCAGUGGCACGGUUUUGUGUGGAAGUGGACCUUUUGAAAGAGUUGCCAAAAUCCAUUCGCCUAGGGAAGAAAGGGAAGAAGUUUGAGCAGUUUUAUACUUAUGAAUAUAUACCGGCUUAUUGUCAAUCCUGCUGCAAGAUCGGGCAUAAAGUAAUUGAUUGCAGAAAAGGGAAGGGCAAGAUAAACGCGGAUCUGCGCAAGGAGGAACAAGCAGGGAUGGAAAAGCCGGCUGCGGAAAAGGUUGCGCUAUCAGAAAAGGUUUCGGUGGGAAGUAAGAAUGGACUUCGAUUAAAUCAGAAAAAAGUCAAAUGGGAUUCCAAAAGGAGUGCAAAGAAAGGUGAAAUGCAGGUUGAGACUGUUAAUGCCAAUCCUCAGAUCAUCAGCGAUCCUUCUACUAAAAUUACGGAGGCACUGGAUGCGGAAACCCUAAAUUUGCAGCCUGCAGGAGGUGAUAAUGCCGUAGUUGAUCCAAAGCUUCAGGUUGCGAGCGAAUUGCGACUGAGUUCGAAGGCACAAGGGGAUUUCGACACUCAGCGUAACUCUGACCAGCCUGAGACUUUGGAAACUAUAGUUGUUGACGAUCUGCACCUGGGUCAUAGUGCGCAAGGGGAUGCUGGGUUACAAUUGCAAAUGUCACAACUCGAUCUAGAAGACAGAAAUGGACCUCAUAGAAUCCGUGAUUGGUGGUCCUCAAGGAUUGAAUGGCAAAAACUCAGAAAUGGUGGCUGGUCUAGAAAUGGAAGCUGUGACAGUUAA